AAAGGAAGGAAAAAAAAAAAAAAAAGAAGCUAAAUUCUUCAACUUAAGUUCCUAGCGCUUUCCUCUGGUCUCCUUUUUCCUCGUUCGAUUGUUUUUAUCUGAAUUUCUUUCUCCCUUACUUUAUCUGAAGCCAUCUCUCUCACUAACUUCGCAGCCAGAAUCUGAGCUCUCGAAUCCGCUAUUAAAGCUUUGGAGGAGGUGAAUCUCUUGAGUUCUUGUUGCCUCUCGUUUGAAGAUGGGCAGUUCUUCAGCUCAAGUGGUAGUGGAUGGCGAUGGAGAUUUAGAGAAGGGGGUUUUGAGUUUACCAUCGAUUCAAAACCCUCUGGCUGAGCUAUCGCCGACGCCGUCUCCGUCGUCGACUGCGACGGCUCCGGCUCUGGUUCUAUCCAAUUCAGGGAAGCGGAUGGACCAAGCCGGGAAGAAGAAGUACGUGAAGCAAGUAACUGGACGGCACAACGACACCGAGCUUCAUCUAGCGGCGCAACGGGGAGAUCUAGCCGCCGUGAAGCAGAUUCUUGAUGAUAUUGAUUCACAGAUGGUGAGAAAUCUCAGUGGCGCCGAUUUCGAUGCGGAAGUUGCUGAGGUCCGAUCGUUAGUAGUGAACGAGGUCAACGAAUUGGGGGAAACGGCUCUGUUCACCGCCGCAGAAAGAGGACAUAUAGAGGUCGUUAAGGAAUUAUUGAAGUAUUCCAAUAAAGAGACACUUACGACAAAGAACAGGUCUGCUUUCGAUCCGUUGCAUAUAGCUGCAAGUCAAGGACACCAUGCAAUUGUUCAAGUGCUUCUUGAACAUGAACCUUCUCUAAGCAAAACAUUUGGACCUUCGAAUGCGACUCCACUCAUUACUGCUGCAGCAAGAGGCCAUACAGCCGUAGUUGAGGAAUUACUUAACAAAGAUCGUAGUCUGCUAGAGAUUUGUAGAUCUAAUGGUAAAAAUGCAUUGCAUUUUGCUGUGCGUCCUGGCCAUACUGAAAUUGUAAAGCUAUUACUCAGCAAAGAUCAACAGUUAGCUCGUAGAAAUGACAAGAAGGGCCAAACUGCACUGCACAUGGCUGUCAAAGGGCAGAGCCGUGAUGUUGUGAAGUUGCUCCUUGAUGCAGAUCCUGCCAUUGUAAUGCUUCCUGAUAAACUUGGUAACACUGCACUGCACGUUGCCACGAGGAAAAAGCGGGUUGAGAUAGUGCAGGAGCUAUUGCUCCUCCCAGAUACCAAUGUGAAUGCAUUAUCCAGAGACCACAAAACUGCAUUUGACAUAGCUGAGGAGCUUCCUCUUUCAGAAGAAUCAUCAGAAAUCAAAGACUGUCUUUCCCGUUACGGCGCUGUCAGAGCCAAUGAACUGAACCAACCAAGAGACGAGUUACGGAACACAGUGACUCAAAUUAAGAAAGAUGUUCAUACCCAGCUUGAACAAACCAGAAAAACAAACAAAAAUGUACAUAAUAUCUCUAAAGAGCUCAGAAAGCUGCACAGGGAAGGAAUCAACAACGCAACCAAUUCGGUCACGGUGGUGGCUGUGCUUUUUGCAACAGUUGCUUUUGCAGCCAUCUUUACAGUACCCGGUGGCGACACGGAUCAAGGAACAGCAGUCGUCGUCGGCACCAGUUCUUUCAAAAUCUUCUUCAUCUUCAAUGCAAUCGCAUUGUUUACAUCGUUGGCAGUCGUGGUGGUGCAAAUUACAUUAGUUAGAGGUGAGACGAAAGCAGAAAGACGAGUCGUGGAGAUCAUAAAUAAACUCAUGUGGCUGGCUUCUGUUUGUACUUCUGUCGCAUUCAUGGCAUCGUCUUACAUCGUGGUUGGUCGUAAAUACGAAUGGGCUGCAAUUAUAAUCACAGUGGUUGGAGGUGUGAUUAUGGCUGGUGUUCUUGGGACAAUGACUUAUUAUGUUGUGAAAUCUAAGAGAAGUCGAUCCAUAAGGAAGAAGGAAAAGAGUAAUAGAAGAAGUGGGUCAAACUCAUGGCAUCACUCUGACUUUUCAAAUUCAGAAGUUGAUCGAAUUUAUGCUCUUUAGAAUCAGACAAAGACUUGGAAGUUGCCAAUUAUUUUGGUGUUUUGCUCAAAUGUUUGUAUGUAUAUGUAUGCUUAAGGUCAAUUCUCUCUUUCAAUAAGAUUUUUAGCUUAUUGAUACUAAUUUACAUGAAGUAGGCAUGUAAAUCCCCAUAGUUAGGGGUGUGGAUGAAAUCAAUAACAUCGAUUCAUUAGAUUAGGUCAGAUUA